UUUUAAAAACUUAAGUUUUUAAUGAUGAAAUAAAAGCUCUGAGCUUAACCGGAUGUAAAUACGUUUGUACCCUGACUGCUUCCGGUGACGUAGGGCUAGCUCCCGAUGCUACACGCGGGAAACAGCCGAAGCUGUUGAUCACGUUCACACGCAUCAGUCAUCACCUGUAGCAGAGAUGGGAGACACACUGGAGUUCAACGAGAUUUACCAGGAGGUUAAAGGCUCCUGGAAUGACGGGCGACUGCGUUUCAGCAAGCAGAAUGUGGUUUAUAAGAGCAACAAGACGGGGAAGGUGGACAGCAUCCCAGCUGGAGAGCUCAACCUGGCCCAGUGGAGACGAGUGUGUUUAGGUCACGGCAUCAAACUGGGCACCAGCACAGGCCAUGUAUACAAAUACGAUGGCUUCAGAGACACAGACUUGGAGAAGAUCUCUGAGUUUUUUAAGAACAACUACAAGGUGGAGCUGACAGAGAAGGACAUGUGUGUGAAGGGCUGGAACUGGGGAACAGCCAAAUUCUCAGGCCCUUUGUUGAUGUUUGACGUCAAUGACAACACAGCCUUCGAGGUCCCGCUAUCCAACGUGUCCCAGUGCGCCACAGGAAAGAAUGAAGUCACCCUGGAGUUUCACCAGAAUGACGACACUGAAGUCUCCCUCAUGGAGGUCCGGUUCUACGUCCCACCCAGCCAGGCCGAUGAACGUCAAGACCCUGUAGAGGCAUUUGCCCAGAAUGUCUUGUCAAAGGCUGAUGUGAUCCAGGCCACAGGAGACGCUGUGUGUAUCUUCAAAGAGUUGCAAUGUCUUACACCCAGAGGAAGAUAUGAUAUUCGUAUCUAUCCAACUUUCCUUCACCUCCACGGCAAGACCUUUGACUACAAGAUUCCUUACACCACUGUCCUCAGAUUAUUCCUGUUGCCACACAAAGACCAAAGACAGAUGUUCUUUGUUAUCAGUCUGGAUCCUCCAAUCAAGCAGGGUCAGACGCGUUAUCACUUCCUUAUCCUGCUUUUCUCCAAAGAAGAGGACAUAAACCUCACACUCAACAUGAGCGAGGAGGAUGUUGAACGUCGUUUUGAGGGUAAACUCAGUAAAAACAUGUCUGGGUCCUUGUAUGAGAUGGUCAGCAGAGUGAUGAAGGCCCUGGUCAACCGCAAGAUUACUGUGCCCGGCAACUUCCAAGGUCACUCGGGGGCUCAGUGCAUCACCUGCUCAUACAAAGCGUCCUCAGGCCUCCUCUACCCACUAGAGAGAGGCUUCAUCUACGUUCACAAACCUCCUGUGCACCUGCGCUUCGAGGAGAUCUCAUGCGUCAACUUUGCCCGUGGGACCACAACAACGCGUUCCUUUGACUUUGAGAUUGAGACCAAACAGGGAAACCAGUACACCUUCAGCAGCAUUGAGAGAGAAGAGUAUGGAAAACUCUUUGACUUUGUUAAUGCUAAGAAGCUAAACAUCAAAAACCGAGGAUUCAAGGAGGGUAUGAAGGGUAAGAUUGAUGAGUACAGUGACUCAGACGACGACCAGCACGAUGCUUACCUGGAGAGGAUGAAGGCUGAGGGCAAGAUCAGGGAGGAAGGAAACGACAGCGACGAUUCAGGCAGCGGCAGUGAUGAGUCAUUUAAUCCUGGAGAGGAAGAUGAUGACAUUGCAGAAGAGUACGACAGCAAUGCCUCCGCCAGCGACAGCAGUGAAGAAGGGGAUGAAAGUGAAGAUGAGGGUGCAAAGAAGAAGAAAGCCAAGAAAGCCAAAGUGGUGAAGGAGAAAAAAGAGAGGAAACCACGCAAAGAGAAGAAGCAGAAAGAUGCCGGUGGUCCUAAGAGGCCAAUGAGUGCUUACAUGCUGUGGCUGAACUCUAGUCGGGAGCGAAUCAAGUCAGAGAACCCCGGCAUCUCCAUCACAGAGAUCUCCAAGAAGGCCGGAGAGAUGUGGAGACAACUGGGCAAAGAUGAGAAGGAGGAAUGGGAAACAAAAGCAGGAGAGGCCAAGAGGCAGUAUGACAAAGCAAAGCUGGAGUACAAAGAGAGUGGUGGAGGGUCGGCCUCCAGUUCCAAGAAGGAGAGUAAAAAGUCUGCAGGUAAAAAGGACGAGAAGAAGAGGAAGUCUGCUGGAGGAGACAAGGACCGAGAGCGAGGAGGAGGAGGAGGCAACGACAGCUUCAAAAGCAAAGAGUUUAUCGAAACCAGCGAGGAGAGUUCAUCAGAUUCUGACCACAAAAGCAAGUCAAAGAGGAAGAAGGAAUCAGAUGAUGAUGAGGAGGAAGAAGCUAUUUCCACACCCGCCAGCUCAGAGGAAGAGUCUGACUAAAAACCCAUUUUAUUCAUCUUUCAAAAAACCAAGGACCAAGGAUUUCUCAUCACAUGAACUGGCAGAUCAGCGGAUUCAAGCUUCAUCACAACAAACUCUUCUCUGAAUCUAAAUCUCAUGUGUCAAUUGAUAUUCCAGUGGGAUUUCGUGACAUCUCAGAUGUUGUGGUAUGCAAAUGUACCUCUUUUCAAAGAAACCUUCAAGGUUUUUUUUUUUUUUUUCAAUUAUCACCCAGGGGUGAUGUAUGUUUGUAGAAUUACAGCAGAAAGAGGAUUGUAGGAGUUAUUAGUUUAUUCGUGUGGUUUUUCGUUGUAGAGCAUUUAAACACCCGCAUUUACGUGUAUUUUGUGUUUUGCCAUCUCAUGUUUUCAGGCAUAACUAAUAAAUAAAUGAAUCUUUUUCAAUAA